AUGUCCCGGCCGCGCCGAGGCGCGCCCGCCUUCGUUCUCUGCCUGUGGGGCGAGGCGUGGCCCCCCAGGCGCUCGCAAUCCGUCGAUAUCGGCGAGCUCGAGCCGCGUCCAAGCGCGGGGAAGCGGCGCGCGCUCGCUGGCGCCAUCGAGGUCGCGCAGAAGCGCUUCGCCUCGCCGGCGCGCGAGGGCAGGGCGCCGCGCGGCGCGGGCCCAAGUUCUGGGCGCGACGCGAUCGGCGAACUCUCCCGCCUGCUCAAAGGGGAGGGCGCCCCGGCUGCCCACGUUGGCGGGUGCGCGCAGCCCGCGGUCGGUCACGCCGACGGGCUCGCCGUCUGCGCGCGCAAUAGGGCCGCCUGCGUCGCCGGGCUGGCCUCAGAGAUUGCGAAGUUGGAGAAGAAUGGCAUUGUCAUGCCUUUCGUGCGCGCGGACCUGCGCCACUGGGCCCCGCUGGGCAUCGAACCCGCGCGCAGUGGCGGGCGCGCCGAGGGCGAGGGCGCUCUAUCAUGGGCUCGCUGGCACCUUGCUUUCGACGCGUGCAGCAGCGCGGGGAAGG